GACCUGUCGAAAUCAUCGCAAUUGGCCAAUCAACUUGCUCAGCAAUUGAGAACUGCAGACACCCCGGAUGGUGUUCGUUUGUUUUCGUUGCUCACACUUGGUGAACUUGGUAGAAAGUGUCCAAAAGUGUACGAAAAUGAUUCAACACUGAAACCAGAAGAGUUGCUCGUGGAUGCAUUCAAUUCGUCUUCUGAAGAACUGAAGACUGCAGCAUCGUAUUCACUGGGAAUGUUGGCAGUCGGAAAUCUGGAGAAAUUCCUUCCGUUCCUUUUGAAGCAAAUCAACUCACAACCCAAACGGCAGUAUCUUCUGCUGCAUGCACUUAAAGAGGUGAUUGGAUCAGAAAGUGUGGAUAUGAAAGCAAUGGAAUUCUUCAGACCGCGUAUUGAACAGAUCUGGCCAGUACUAAUGGAUCAUGCCAUCUGGCCAGUACUAAUGGAUCAUGCCGUAUGCGCUGAAGAGGGAACACGUAACGUUGUUGCGGAGUGUUUGGGAAAACUUUGUUUAGUGCAUCCUGAAUCUCUUUUGCCAUUACUUAAGGAUUGUACGGUAUCGAAGAAUCCUCUGAUGCGUGCUUCGGCCGUAACGGCAGUUAAGUUUUUGAUAGUUGAGCAGUGGACAGCUGCCGACGAUUUGCUGCAUGACGCUAUGCCAGAUUUUCUGCAAACUGUGAACGAUCGCGAUCUGAACAUUCGUGAUAUUCUUGAUGUAUUCCUACCGUCACUUUACGCUGAAACAAUGGUGAAGAAAGAGUUGGUUAGAGAGGUUGAAAUGGGUCCAUUCAAACAUACAGUGGAUGACGGCUUGGAUUUGCGUAAAGCUGCUUUUGAAUGUAUGUAUACGUUAUUGGAAACAUGUCUGGAACGAUUGGAAAUCAAUGAAUUUAUGACACAUAUGGAGAGCGGUCUUAAGGAUCAUCACGAUAUCAAGCUAUUAACUUGUUUGAUGUUAGCACGUUUGGCUGCUCUGUGUCCCACACAAGUGCUACAACGUCUCGACAGACUUUGUGAACCGUUGAAGGUUAGCUUUAAAAGAGGAUUGAUUUGA